AUGGUAAGAUGCAAUGAGACUGAAAACGUCUUUAUACAUCGCCCCCUUAACAUGGCAGGAGUGACUGUUGUCUCACAACACAACGACGGCAAGCAGUACCUGUGGGAGUCUGCUUAUCGGGCUGCUUCGACUGUUCAGAAAGAUGAAAAGUACGAGCUCCUAGACGAUGGAGGGCAGACAAGCAUUUGUUACAUUACUGGGGAGAAGGCAGUGCCGAACUUCCCCCCUCCAGAGAAACUGGCGAAGAAGGGGUACAAGGUGAUUUACAUGACCGAUAAGACUGACGAGGACGAAGUGGAGCAGCUGAAGGGGUGCGACGAUUACAAGCUGCGCUGCUGCGAGAAGAUCGGCCUCCAGACCGAUGAGACGCAGGACGCAGAGAAUAAGUUUGAGGAGCUGAAGGCGGAGUUUGACCCCCUUCAGAAGCUGAUCGACGAGAUAUUACACGACAGAGUAGACAAACUUGUACUACACCAAACCUAUCCAACAGAAUCACAGACUCUUUCUGCUUGGGGGCCACCACGGACUCCGGCCAGUAUACUGCCGCGGAACACAUCAUAA